ACAUGUGACUGAGGCACAGUGAGUGAAAUCUAUUUAUUUUUUAUAUACAUUAUGGUUCCUAAACCUUAUUCAUGUUUAGGCCAUGUUAUAAUUCAGCAUUUUGGAUACCUUGAUAAGCUGAGUUCCUAUUCAAAUGGACCCUCACAAAUAAAUAAAUAAAUAAAUAAAUAAAGCAUUGUUACAAUGUUUUACCAGCAGAUGUCAGCAGAACAUAAUAAAUGAAGAUAGUGUGUUUAACCAGCAUGUUUUGUGUUUCACAGGGUCUGUGUAAUUUAAGACUUAAUACAAAAGGAAGACCACUAAAUUGAGAGAAAUGAAUACCUGACCUACUAUAGUCAAUAAAGAAAAACAUGUCAAGAUGAGGUUAUAGAGAUGUCUUUCAGUUAUUUGAACAGUGUGCAAAAUGUUUAAAUCUCAUUUCAUUUCACUGCAUUUUUGUUGUAUGUUGUAAUGUUGAGAAAUGGGUAAGUAAAUCCUCCCUUUUGGGAAAACACCAGCAGAAUAAGUAAAGUUAAAGUGCAACAGUGUUUAGAUUAUUAAAUAGACCCCAUAGCAACGUAAACCUGGCCUUAUUUUUUAUCACAACUCGCUCUUAAUCCUUUCUCUGAAUAUACUGUAAUGUAUUUGUCAUUGGUCAGAGAUCUUUUUGGUUGGCUUAUGAUUCUCCGUAAUAACGUAAUUGUCUUUUUGCCUACCUGGCUUUCUGCCUGUUUGACUGUCUGUCUGGGACCACACAUCCUUGAUAUGUCUUUCUGGAUUUGUCCACUGUACUGUACAUUGAAACUUCUUUACUGCUACAUGUUACAUUUCCUGUUUACAGGAAAGCUGCACAGCGCAGGAACACUGGAGGGCAGUAAUGAAGGGAUAACAAGCAUAGAGUUUGACCCGACUGGGACCAAAGUUUUAGCUGCCUCAUAUGACAAGUCGGCUCUGUUUUGGAAACUGGAUGACUGUGCACCUAAAUUCACAUUGACUGGUCAUUCUCGUAAAGUGACAUCAGCCAAAUUUAAAUCAAGUCUUCGUCAGGCUGUGACUGGCAGUGCGGAUCGAACAGUGAAGAUCUGGGAUCUACAAAGGGCUGCCUGCGUGAAGACCAUCAAUGUUUUCUCCUUCUGCAGUGAUGUCGUCUGCUCAGAGUACUUUAUUGUGAGUGGGCACUUUGACAAGAAGAUACGGUUCUGGGACAGCAGAGCUGCAAGCUGCACGCAAGAAGUUCCUCUCCAGGGAAAAGUGACAUCGCUGGAAAUCAGUCCUGACCACACACAGCUACUCAGCUGCUCCCGGGAUGAAUGUCUUCAGGUGAUUGACCUCAGAAUGAACAACAUCAGGAAAUCUUUCAGGGCUGAGGGGUUCAAGUGUGGCUCUGACUGGACAAAGGCAAUAUUUAGUCCUGAUGGAAGCUAUGUGACUGCAGGCUCCUCAGAUGGGGCUGUCUAUGUCUGGAAUGUGAACUCGGGACUUCUGGAGACCUGCCUACCUGAACAACACAGCUCUUCUGUUAAUGCAGUUUCCUGGUCCUUGUCUGGGGAGUAUGUUGUAAGUGUGGACAGAAGUAGAAGAGCUGUCCUCUGGAGUGACAUAUGAGCUUGACUCAAGGGACAGAGGAAUUAAGACAGAUGUUACAGAGCGCAAGAACCAGUGGCCCAUUCCUAAGCCAGUAACAAAUCUAUCAACCGACAACACGAGUCAAAAGAAUGAUUUCCAAAAAUCCACUUCCAAAGACAGUGUUAAGUUCUCUAUGAUGUGUCCAACUUUGGACAAUCAUCUUGAAGCUGAUUCCUGGCAGGAUGUUGGGUUUUUUUUGGUGUGGGGGUACUUGGUCAAAGCAACUGCAUAAUGGAAGAUGUGCUAUUAACUGUUUGUUGGGUGCAGCCAACCUUAUUUUUCCAUUGCGAAAAAGACAGUAGUAAUGCUAUGAAGAAAAUCCCACUCUUAAGAAUUCUUUAUCAAAGACUCAAUGAGCAUUUUAGAGGGUACUACAAAGCAUUUUUUAAAUGAAGUACAUGGUUACAGUAUAUAUAAUAACAGUGUCUUUAUUUAGCACCUUCGUAGUGGACCACCAUCACAAAGCAUUUUACAGAGGUAGGCUGUGAACUGUAAAUUACAUGCAGAGCCAAUUACAA